AUGGCAUCUUUCAAUCUAACAGAAGCACAAAUUGGAGAAUUUAAGGAUGCGUUUGACUUAUUUGACAGAGACCAUAAUGGCUCAAUAUCCGCAUCUGAAUUAGCCACAGUAAUGAAAUCAUUAGGUUUGUCACCUACUGAAGCAGAAGUUACUGAUCUUAUGAAUGAAAUAGAUGUGGAUGGGAACCACCAAAUAGAAUUUGAUGAAUUUCUGGCUUUGAUGUCUCGUCAGCUAAAAUCUAAUGACUCUGAACAGGAGUUAAUAGAAGCCUUUAAAGUAUUUGAUAAAAAUGGGGAUGGUUUAAUUUCAAAAACAGAGUUAAAGCAGGUCUUAACUUCAAUAGGGGAAAAAAUAGAUGAUACAGAAUUAGAAGAGAUGAUAAAAGAUGUUAGCAAUGGAUCAGGUCAAAUUAAUAUUCAACAGUUCGCUUCGUUACUCGCCAAAUGA